AAAGCCCUCAAGACGUCGUCGGCAGUGGCACAACCGUACAGCAACGCCUUUUUGCCCGAUAUCGGCUAGUUUUUCUAGUAGGAAUUUUUCGUUUAGAGCUAGUGAUUUUGUGCAAAAUAAGCGUAAUAAGAGAGUGAUGGAUAGUGGUUGUGCAUUGUAAUAAGCGGUUAAUUUAUUCGGUAGAAUCAAACGGAGAAAGCAAUAAAUAUUUAGUGCGGAUUUGCAGUGAUUCGUGGAAUUAUUCGCUUUUCAAUGGAGCACCCACACACGUUCAAAGGCGAAAAGUACACAGUCACAAUCAUUGGUUAAGUUCGUUAUUUUUGCAUCAGACGUGGUGACUGUCGAAAGCAUAAGCAACGCAAGAUAGGCGUUCAAGGAGUGUGUGAGUGCGCUACGGCUACGGCUGGCAAGUGAGAAUCGAUCAAAGUGUGCUGCUGUCUUUCAUCGAAAUCGAUGUAACUGUUUUCAUACACGGUUUGGCUAAUGGUAGUGGUUUUAUAACUUGGAAUAUUCGUUAGGGUUAGUGCGGAAAAUGUUUCAUUGAUUGACAUCAUCAUGUUGUUACUGUUGUUUUAAUUUAUAGGAAUUACGAGAUAAUCAGUCGUCACUCUCCUCGACACCACAUCUUUGCCAUGUGUUAGGCAGGAAGAUUCGUUGUUUUUGUUACUGUUACUGCUAGAACUACUGAUUGACACAUAUUUCCUGGCAUAAUUAUUUGCCAACGGAUCGUAAAUUAGACUAGAGUCGAUUUCAAAGCCGGCAGUGCCACAGAUUGUACCUACUAGUGGUUGCUGACAGUGUGCGAUAAAACGUGACGGUUUUACGGCAAGCUGGAGCCUGCAAGGCAGUUUGCAUUGCUUGUACCAUAGCAUCAUACAGUUAGUGGACGCAUAAAUUUCUUAUCUCUUCAGACCAGGCCCCUGCUAAAGGGGUACAAACUGCAGCCGGGCCAACAUGGGGAAACUGCUAUCAAAAAUAUUUGGCAACAAGGAAAUGAGAAUACUGAUGCUCGGACUGGAUGCCGCGGGCAAAACUACUAUUUUAUAUAAGCUAAAAUUAGGUCAAUCGGUAACGACAAUUCCAACAGUCGGCUUCAACGUAGAAACCGUGACGUAUAAGAAUGUCAAAUUCAAUGUGUGGGACGUUGGUGGACAGGACAAAAUUAGACCAUUGUGGAGGCACUACUAUACAGGAACGCAAGGACUCAUAUUUGUAGUAGAUUGUGCGGACCGGGAUCGAAUAGACGAAGCGCGACAAGAGCUACAUAGGAUAAUUAAUGAUCGAGAGAUGCGGGACGCCAUCAUACUGAUAUUUGCCAAUAAGCAAGACCUACCAGAAGCAAUGAAACCCCACGAAAUCCAAGAAAAGCUUGGACUGACGCGGAUACGCGAUCGCAACUGGUACGUUCAACCAUCGUGCGCGACGACCGGCGACGGUCUGUAUGAAGGUCUAACGUGGCUCACGUCAAACCAUAAGUUAUGAGAAUAAUCAGAUGGUCAAUGCAGUACCCGAUAUCCGCAGCAACAGCAAUUGUAAAAAUCACGAUGAACACAAUAGUCAGAUAGCAAAUCCUGUAUGAGUAAAUCUCAAACGUCGCUGUUCUAGUAGUUUCUCAUCGGUAACAGCAUUUGGUUGCUGAAGCAGGAAUAGUGAGCGGAGGGCGAUCGAGAGUACUAAACAUGUGUGUGAUGUUGCCAACUCUAUUUCUAUGUAUUCCUAAAAUAAGACAUGAGCUAAGCACCACCUUUGUCUAAACCUCCAGUUACCCAUCCUUUUUCGACCUAGCGUAAAUGCUCUUACCUUUAACGCUUAUGCUACUACAAUUAUCGCCGUUGUUUGAAUUUUCGUUCAAUUGCUCCUGCUAACCAUUACGAACAAGGAUUGACAUCUACGUUGCUGCCUGUAAGGCAGGAGAAAGAACAGAUGUCAAUUUUUGCUUUUGGGUUCCAAAAACUUUUAUAAUAUCUUGAUCAAUGUGGGUGCAAUCGAAAGCAAGUUAGACCCUGCGACAAAAAAUUAGGUAAUGAACGGAAGCGGGCUUGUUUUCUAAAUAAUAUGGAAAUUCUGCGGUUGCAUGGAAUAUUCGUUUGAUUGGAAAUAGGGCGCUUUUGUUCGUUACAUAGUUUAAGGACGAGUUUCUAAAAGCAGUAGAUACAAUACAGAAUUAUGAUACAGUAAUACUCUCUCAACAGUAAGAGUGUUUGGUAUGAAGGAAACUGCUGCGAGGACAGAUUUAAACACAAGCAAAAAACUGCUUUAUAAAAAAUCGAAAAAGUCGUAAGCUUACACAAGGGAAACAUAUUUUACCUGUACAUAUGCAAAAAUGAAAAACUAUUGUAUUGGAUUACAAAACAAAAAUUGGGAAUACAUCCAUUGAAUAACAUUAAAAUGUGCUGAAAGCUAUUCACAAGUCGAUAAACACUAGUAAGCAAACAAAUGCCGUGAAAUAUUCAAGAACACCUGUAAAUAUUGAAUAUGUUAUACAAAAAGUAAGCAAUUUAAGGAAAAGCUAGAACAAAAACGAAACAAAACAUCAAACAAAUAGGGAAAAAAUAUCGAUGAAUUGAUUGUACCCUUCGUUUAGAUUUGCGAAAUCAAACAAGCAAAAAGUACUUUCACCUACAUUGCAUACAUUGGUAGACAUACUAACUAAUAUAUCAAAGUCCAACACGCAUACUUCCCCAUAGCAUUGUCAUGCAGUCAGCUAAAAAGAACAUACCGGCACCGAAGCGAAAACAAACGGGAGGUCACAGUAAACGAUCUAUCUUUCGAGCAAAAUAGAGAAAAAAAAAUGUAAAAUUGCAGUAAACAAGCGAAUGCGAGCCAAAAAGUAAACCGUGUGAAAGUGUUAACUAAGUUUGUGCAUUUGUGUGCGUAUGUGCGUGCGAUAUGCAUCUUCAUUAGGAUAUACGUUAUUUUUUCGAAAAAAUAGCAUUGAUAGAACUCCAUAAUUUUAUUUUUACCACCUUAUUUAUGUUAAUAUCGAUGAUUGCCUCAUUUUUAAUAAGUUUUUUUUCCUGUUUGCGGUUCGUUCGCAUACCUGUCAUCAAUUAUGCUGAUGUAUAAAUGUUUACGUGAAUGCGGGGCCAAUCACUUGUGAUUGCUUUAGUUUUCGUCUCUCGCUUUCACGAGUACUAUUAGUAGUUGUUUUUAUUGUUUCAAAUUCUGUAAGUGAAUGAUAAAUCACAACACGAAUACGGGGGGGGAAAUAAGUUGUAAUUGAAAACAAAACAAAAAAAAACUAAAAGACGCGUCCGAAAUAUUUAGUUGAUGAAGGAAGAACGUAACAGACCUAUCCUAGGAUGGAUUAAAUGAAUUAAAAGUAAAACAGUCGCCACACGGACGACGUAUGCUAGUUUCGAAGGAGAGCGAUGCAGUAAAGAAUAUAUUAUUAGAAAUGUAUUUUAGCAUUUAUAGCGAGCUGAAAAGAAAACAAGUAAAAACAGAUUCAAUAAAAACUAGAAAUCUACA